GGUUACAUAAUGUCGAUGAUGAUACAGUCCUGCAGUCGAACUCAGGGCAUCAUGUCGUUCGCACAUUGCGCAUAGCAUCAAGGUUCGAGCCUCAAUCGCAUGUGUAGAAAGUAAUAACAUUGUGUCGUGAGGCUCUACAUCUACACUAUCGAUAGGUAUACCAGUUCUCGCGCGCUAGCUAGCUGCCAUUUGGUCCGCAACAGCUCAUCAGAGCGUGGCGCGGCGGCACAAGUUUUUACUCUUUGGGCUCUAAGUGCAUCUCCUCCAGCUCGCGUGUACUGGUACACAAGUACCGGUAAAGCUCGCGAGGAUAAGAGGCAGGUAAUUGGCUCCCAUUGACUUCGCAACAUGGCGGUCAUGCCCGUACUCGCCUUCUAGAUUCACGCGUAUUCACGCGAGUCUUCUUGAAUCGACCGGCAAUUGAAUUGCAAAAUAAUUGAACGCACGUACGUGGUUGUGCUAGAAUAUGUACAUGUGUUUGCUCAGCAGGCGGCGAGAAGGUGGCAAGUCGAGCCAUGCCGUGGUUCCGGACACACACUACCACCCGGCCCGGUUACUCCACGAACCGGCUCUCCAUGCCAUCCCUCAGCACAGUCUCACUACUACCUUCCAUGUUCCUGUACAGUCAGUUGUAGACUGCUCACGGCAGCGCUUGGACGGCCCAAACGGAUCCCCAGCAGCAAUGAUGGUAAAUUCCACAUCCGGACUGAUGCGGUCUUCCGUACGUCUAUCCCCUCGUGACGUAGCGAUGCGCGCGUGCAGAGAUAUGGACGCAAAAACUGGCUGCAUUGUAUAGCACCGGCACGUGCCCGGUAGAUCUACACAUGGCUCGUUCAGUAGAUCAAGGCAUGCAGAAGUUCAGCAGCGCCGCAGCUCUAGAUCUCGGAGCAAAUCAUGCCCGGCGAAUCCCAGUGUCCCGCCUGUGACGAUCACUCCGAAUAGACGCGGGAUCUGCGGACUCUGAAGCGCAGUGUAUGCGGCGUCCGCCUACCCACGGCCAGACCGACUUCUCACACAGCAAGCGGACAUCGUGGUACCACACCGCACUGCAAACAUGUGUACCACUCAGCUCCACAUAUCACAUCACACGCAUGUAAGGCGACCUGUUUCGCGUAAAGUCACACCUCAGCAUUAGGAUUCGUGUCCAGGACACUGGAAGUGGAAGGUACAGACUCUCGCCCACAGACUACAUGUAGCAGUAGAGAGCUGGAGAUCUGCUGCGCCGGGGAAGCGGCGCUGCCGACCAACGCCAAACUGAGGCUGUGAGAGUGCGGUGGACGGGAGGACUCCGACUAGUUGGUGUUCCUAAACUCCAGUCAGUUCGGAAGUAGAAUCCACUGAUAAAUGCUCGAGGGAAGCGCAGACCAGCGCUCUAGUUUGCUGUUCAAUGGACAGGAAAUGUGUGGUCGUUGCGACGACGGGCAUAUCCUUUUGACAAGCGACGCGGGGCGGCUGUGACUCUGGCUGUAAGGAACACAUGCGCAGGAUGUCCCACUGCAGUUGUGCGGUAGCGGCGCGGCGUAGCUCAGCUGCUACAACAUACAAGUUGCUGAUGUUUUUGUUGCUGUUGGCUCUGCGGAGUUUUCCCUGCAUCCUGGCGCACAGUGAAGGGUCAGUGUGUAGCACGAGCUGCGAACUCCCGCUGCGCCCGCAGCUGCCCGACAAAUGCCUGCUGGAAGAGGUGUGUCCAAUAGGGGAGGCGUCGUCAUCGCCAACGCUAUCCAGUCGUAUCCGUGCCGAGCUGGCAGUUCAGUCUCUACUGGCAGGCUGCGCUGACAAGCUGCAUCCGGUCGGCAAUAACUACGAGGUUCACGGGAUAUGGACGCCGGGAUUGUUCCGUUCGCCCGGCACCGAGCGGCGUGUGUCGCUGGAACUGCAGCAUUUGAAGCCGGAGCAGCCACUCGACCGGCCCAUCGUCAUAGCGAUACUGGCCGACGUCGAAGACGUGGGCAACAUGACCGUGGAAAUCGACACCAGCUGGUUGAACGUGACCACGCACAGUCUGACCAUAUUGGUUUCCCAGGGCAUAACCCUCUGCCAUAGUGGGCGACAUGCCGUGGAGAUCAUCAGCAAUGCCAUGCGGAAGCCGUCGGAAGCGUUCAGGUGGCUGUGGAACCGCCAUGGUCUGGUGCAUACGUUUGUUGCAGGACUCAAUCGGCACCUGGACUCCAAUAUUGAUCACCUGACCAUACAUAUUGGAAACGGUUAUGACCCGAAGGACGAUUCGACACCUACCUGGUCCUGUAACAAUGUGUCCAAAUCACACGGAGAGCAAGAGAUGGAACUGAAGCUGUUGUCAUUCUUGAGCAUUCGCCGACUGUCACGCGUCCGAAAUGCCAAGCCGGCGCAAACAUUCACCGGAUGUGCCAUCCCAGCAUCCACGGCCACGCAGUGUCCCACGUACAACAUUCUUCAGUCGACCAAUCGUCACCUGUUUGUCCUCGAGGUGGCCGCGCCGUACGAUCCGAUGCGUCCGGCCGUGAAAACAACUGACCUGUCCAAGAAGCUGAUUGUGGAAGUGGACAUUGUGGCUCGACUGGCCAAGACCUCACACCACAUCACAGUCAAUGUGGUGUUGAUAAACCGAUCGCAAGAACCUGUCCACUGGGACAUUGGUGGAUACGGUCUCACCAACCAGUCAACACUAGUUAUCAAGCUGACGGGAGGAAAAUCCACGGUGUCAUUCGGCCCGGCUUACAAAGCCAAGUUCUCCGUAGACUGGCUGCCCGGCCACUACCACUUGGUGAAGGGCCAUCAGCUGUUGGAUAUUCUCCAGAGAGACCUUCGCACUACACUCACAGCGUAUGGCAAAACGACACAUGCUGAUCUGUUUGAGCUGUUUGUGCCUGACACUGGGCAGGAGGGGGCGGCGGACGAACGCUGCCAGGAGACGUACGCCAAGCAGCCCACCACGUGUAGCCAGCUGCACAGCACGGUUCAGGCGCAGUGCGACGGCGACAUGUUCACGGUCGCUGUGAGCCUGCCCGGAGUACAGCGGUUAGGCUGGAACACCGCUGGUAUGACGGUGACGCUGGGCGAGCAGCGAGAAUGCAAGCUAGAGGCGGUGCUGCAGGGCGUCGGCACUGGCGGUGGCGGCGGCGGUGGCAGUGGCGGGGACAAGAGAGUUCUGUCGUUGAGCGUUGGCCACGCCAAGUGCGGCAUUGUCAAGCGAGACAAGGGUGUUCUCAAGUCUGAGAUCGUCUUCAGGAAUGUGAGGUGUCCAAUUGAGAAUUGUCCGGAUGGCAACGGCGGUGCUGGUGCCGGUGAUGAAGUCAAUACUCGGUGUGGCGAGUAUCGUGAGAACUACCGAGUGCCCGUGAGGUGCAGCCUGGAAAAACGGGCACUCAAGACGGGCCGGCUGACAGCGUACCGGAGUGAAAAGUUUUUGACUCCGCACAGAUCAUGGGCAGCAGCACGGGUUGGCCAGAGAGUCUACUUUGAGCUGGACGCCGGUGACAAAGUGUCAAAGCGAGGUCUAAUGGUCUAUCCAGUGGAUUGUAAAUUCCAGUCAUCGUCUGGCAGUCCAAGACCAGUGAUCCAGAAUGGUUGCCACCAUCCUGCAAACGCAGGCCGUAAGGCCAGUGAUAUCACCACAAUCCUCACUCCACCGCCGGACAACAGGGUGUUCCGCUUCAGUGCAGUGCUGCCCGGGCGUGAGAGUGGUGGCGCAGGCAACCAGGGAGAACAGAGCGGGGAUAACAACCCCAUUGUGCAGCUGGUAUGCACUGUCGUACAUUGUGCCGUCCAUACCAACACCACUUCGCACACUCUUUGCGAGCGCAUCCAUCGUAACUGCAUAAACUACGGCGAGCCGGACUAUGCCCUUUUGGAGGCAGAGGUUGCGGUUAAAGCCUCUUCCAGUCUCUUCUACAUUCCACCACCAUCAUCACCACCACCAUCAUCAAACUCCUCUUAUGGCAACAUGGGCACCGCCAUACCAACUCAAACAAACCAGGACAACCUCCCUGGCACAGCAGCACCAUCACCAGCAGCAGCAACACAGUAUGACGACACCGCCGGGGCUACCGGAAUGCCCUCUCUAUCCGUCUAUACUGAGGUGUUAGGUAGUGGCCCAACAACGCGUGCUAGUGAAGAUGACGAUUCACAGCCGACAGUCACAGGGUUCUCUACUCUCCUCCUCUCAGUCGUGACGGUAUCCGCACUGAUGCUGGGGAGUGUUGCGACCCUCUUUGCCACCCAUCUGCUAAGAAAGCGCUCAGCCCAGCAACACGUUGCUAAGGAGGAGCGACGUCGCCAUAGCAACCUCAGUCACCAUGAAAACCGUUCGUUGGCGGGCCAGCAGAGAAGGGGUAGCGCACGGGAGCAGAUGGCAGCCGGGGAGAUGCAUAGCCAUCAGCAACAUCAACAUACUGAUGAUCACUACCAUCAUCAUCAUCCAAAGCUGCAAAGCCAUAAAGAGAUAUCAAGCUUAGCGAGGUCGGCAUCCACUGACACGUCUGUAUUGAGUAGCUCCGGGAACCGCUCCCUGUCCAUUGCUACGACAACAACGUCUGUGCCGGCAGCCUCGUCUUGUAGUGAGGCGGAGAGCUGCUGACGCCAAUACAAAAAACAAGUCACAAGGUGCAAUGGCCGCCAGUCUUACCAUCCUGUAUCCCUUACCUUCCCUUCCCCUUCACGCCUCACCCCCUCCACCACUGCCAUGUAAACGGCUGGUUUUAUUUUGUCCAAUUUCAUUCUUGAUUACUUGAUAUGACCCCGUCGCUUGACUGGCGUACUGAUCAUUUCCUCGCCGCGACGGCAUUGAUCCGUUGAAGCCUAGCCCGUCGCUGACAAUUGAAACUCCUAUGGCCAACUGCAAGUUCUAGCUUGAAUAGACACCGCGCGGAGCAGUUCUGUUCGAUUUUAUUCCUGACAAUCACCUUCACACAGUACACACGACUGUACGCACAGUGAGCAACACUAGUGGACGUAGUAUGAACUGUACACUGCUGCUCUGUUGCUAGCUGACUUUAUCCCCGUCUUUGUACUGUCGUGGACAUGGAAAUCCGGUCGGAGGUCAAGCGACCCCAGGGUGCUGGCCAUGCAGCCGUGAGUACGGAUGCGGAACAACCAGUGCACAGUGCGCGCAACGUUCUGUAUGCAGUGAGGGUGCACUCGACUGGAUUUCCACGUCCACGACAGUAUUUUAGCUGGUUGUGUACUGUUGUCGCAUGCCCAAUUCUACUGGCCUUGGUCCUCUACUACGUACAAUGUACAAUGUAUAUGCCAUGGCAACUUGAAAUGUUUUUGCUCUCACCAGUUCAUAUGUUUGCGAGCCUGUGGUGAAGCGAACAUCCAUGAUCGAUUUUCGUAUCUUUGACCAGACUCUCUGAA